UGUACUCGCGGGAAAAAUGGCGGAAAYGUGCGUUGUGUUCAUGCUAACAACAGAAGUGUUUCAAAACAUCGCCUUGUAAGACUUUCCCGUGUCCACCUCCAAAUGUGUGUCACAAGUGUCUGAUAAAAGUAARCUGAAUGAGGAAUGCAAGAUGCAAAGUGAUUCUGUACAGUUUUCCACCCUUGAGCACAUAGAAGAAUCCAGCAGUCAAGCCAGCGCCCAGUCAAACCCGGUCAGUUCUUACAAUUGUAUUAAGUGUCCGCUAAUUUUCAAAUCCAAAGUGUACCUCUAUGAGCAUCUCAACAAAGUUCAUUGCUUAGAUGYGGAUGCUGCGCUCAGAGGCGCUGGUUUGAAGUAUGCCGAGAGUUUCACGGCCUCCGCUGGAAAACGCACAAAUUUCAAAUGCUAUUUUUGUGAUUUUAAAACUUUCCAUAAAGACGUUUUGAAAAAGCACGAGAAACUGUGUCAGAAGACUGAAAAUCAUAAAUUUGUUGAAACUGUAGUUAUUCCUGAAGACCCAGAGAGCGAAGUGCUUGGCAGUUCAACGAACCAAUGCAAUGACGCUUCAUUGGCAGAAACAGAUCCUUUGUCGGAAGCUAAGUGUGCACCCAAAACGUCAAAGGAUCUUAAAACAUACAAGAGGCCGCAGCAAACCAUCACCAAGUUCUUUCCAGCAUCAUCUGGAUCGUCCAGCUGCAGCCCCAGCUCCAGUGGUGUGUGUAGUUUCAAGUCAAAGUCUCUCAUUGAUAUCAUCAGCGGGGCCGACUCCGCUAAGUUUUUGCGAGAUGACGAACUUUUGACCACCAACCGCAGCGCACCCGAGCACAAGGACAGAUACAAAGAACUUCAUAACAACAGUAUUUCAGAACAACCUCCUGCAAAAAAAGUCAAAUUGGGGAAAGAACAGGAAACGUUUCCAGAACAAAAUGCUCAUAAACCAUCUCCAGUCAGCACAGAUUUUUCAUUCGAAUUCAGUGAGGAUGAAGAAGACAAGAACCUUCACCUUUAUAAUAAAGACCCAUCCAAACCAAAGGUUUACUCCUGUAAGCACUGCGACUAUAUAGAUGGCAGCUUUAGUCGUAUGACUUCACAUUAUCAUAAUUCUCACCCUUACAUCAGAUGUAGCGCUGCCUAUAUUCAGCUCCCAAACGACCAGGAUGCAUCCUUCCGCUGCCUCGAGUGUCCAGUUGAGUUUUUAAGCAAAGCUGAUCUGAAGUUGCACUACUCAGAGAAGCAUCCUGAGACUGCAGACAUAUUCAAGAUGAAACUAGAUGAGCUCAGCUUAGUUUUUAAAUGUUUUUCCUGUCCGUUCACCACCAACCUGCUGAAGGCUUUAAGAGAGCAUUACAAGGAAAAGCAUCCGACUUGCAACUUGAGCAAACCUUUGUUGUUCUGUCAGUAUUCAAAGAGCAAAUGCCAGGAUGAACCAACUCCAGUUAAAACACAUAACAAAAUGUCCAGUUCAAAAAAUUCACGAGAGCUAUCUCCUGAGAAGAGCAGCGCAUCUUGUAAGGAGGACAAAAAUACCCAGUCACCACAGCAUUCCACUGCUAAGGAACGAGACCUGUAUAAAUGCAGCAAUUGUGGGUUUGUGCAUAAGUCAGCUGUUGUUAUGCAUGUCCACUACCAAAAGAACCACCCAGAAAAGGCRGUCACAAUCGAUAAAAUCAAACAGUCGGCCCGUGACGCAUCGCAGAGGAUUCCUGAGGAAAAAAAAGACAAACCUGAGCCGUUUCUGCAAAAGAAGAGUACGUCGUCUUUGCCCAAACACACAACCGAGGCAUCCAAAAAUCCUUCAGAGGUUUCUAUAACCAAGCCGGUGGAAUCUCUGCAGGAUAAAACCACAACACCGACACCGUCCUCUACAUGUAGCAAAGAAAAGAUAGUUGGAUUGAAGUCAUCAAGUUCAUCAACAAAAAUGUACUACUGCAGGUUUUGCAGUUACACGAAUUCUGAGAUCAGAAGCGUGCUGGGUCAUCAUUCUGCAAGACACUCUAUAAAGCCAUCAAUAACUAUGAAAGACAUCUUGCUGUAUAGUGCUAUUGUGAGGAAAAAGUUGAUUAAGGGUCAAACUCCAUCUAAGGCAAGAAAACAAAGUAAAAUACGCACCAAUACUGAAACUGGCUUUGAAGAGGAUGGUGCUGAAGAUGUCUCUGUGAGUAAAACUCAUGACCCGACCGAUGCAGUAAAAAUGUUCUUUUGUCAAACAUGUAAUUAUGGUAAUUCAACCCUGCAGGGAGUGAUCAAUCAUCAAGUCAAAGCCCACCCAUCAUUUACUAUUAAAACUCAAUUGGUUAUUGAACACACAGCUAUGGUUCAAGAACAACUUAACAGUUCAAACUCAAAUCUACCUCUUCCUAUCCUAAACGAUGGUGAUGAAGAUAAGUUUUUCUGUGACUUGUGCAACUAUCGGCACAGAACCAUGUACAUGGUAUUAGCGCAUUACUCCAAAAUGCACAAUAGUUGUGCUGACAAGGCUGCCGACCUCCACCAGUACACCGCUAUGGUUCUCGAACGGGCACCAAAAUUAUCUACAAAGCAGGAACAGCCGAAGAAAACCGAGAAGAAAAAAUCCAGCAAACCUGCAGAGCCGUCAUCAGUAACAAUCUCAGAAACGCAGAGGAAACUGAAAUGCUAUGUUUGUGAAUACAGUACUCCAUAUGUGUCUCUUUUGAAGACUCACUUGAGAAAGUCCCACAAUUUGAAUCGCUCAGUCCCACAUAUUUUAGGAUUUUGUUUUCGACAAGGCUCGAUAGAAGCAGGCUACCACUGCGUGUGGUGUCUUUUUAGUCACAAAGAUUCAAAGGUGGUCUAUAAGCACUACCAGGAACACCACCCAGAAUGCACAACAAGCCUGGACUAUGUAYGUGAUCAACUGUGCGUUGGUCUCAACAAAGUGCAAUUGAAGAAGAAGAAACCGAAGCUAAAGUCGGCUCAUCUGGGCAGUGACAGGGACAGCAGUCUGACACACAAAAGUUCAAGACAAAAUGACAGCAAGACGUAUUCAUGCACUAAGAAUGAAGCUCACCCUACGCUUGCAGAAGACAACAAAUCAGAUCCUCCAAAGAAUAAGGGAGCAAGCGCAAAAAGCCAGUUAGAAGACCUUAUUGAGAUGCCUGGGGUGUUUGAGUCUUUYCAAGUGCCCCUUGAAGACAAAGGUGAAGCAGAACAAAUGUCCAAACAGUUUAAGUGCUCUUUCUGCUCUGCAACGUUUGUCUCCCAGCAUGGUCUCAGCGUUCACUGUGGAAUGAAACACCUCGAACUUAUAAAUGUGGAAGAACCGAGGAAACAAGCAAAAAGCCAAAUGCGUGUGCAUGUCUUCAAGUGUCCCCACUGCACCUACAUCAACACUGCCUAUCAGGGAAUUCUUGCUCACUGUCAAAUGAAGCAUCCUGAUCUUGAACCCAGGGCAGACAGUCUUCACGUGGAUCUGGUGCAUUUAUACAACCGAGAUAAAUAUAUUAAAAAAUAUGAAUCUGGCGAGAAGAUAAAACUCAAGGGGCACAUGUGUAAAACCUGCCCAAAGGUCUGCGCAACACUGGAUAAACUGAACAGACACUGUGAGCUAGACCAUAYCAGUCAUCUACCAAGCACGCCCAAACCUGCUGCCAAACCAUCAACUGUUAGCAAAAUAAAACUUACCAAGCCUCACAGCUCUAAUAAAUCUGUGUGGAAAGUUUCGUUUCUGAGUAACACAAAAAAAUUCAGAAUGAAAUGCCAGCACUGUUCGUACACGUACACCACAAAACUUGGUCUCAGUCGACACAUACAGAAGAAGCACAUGGAUUUGGUCCCACAGGACACUGUGUACAAGUGCCCACUCUGUCACUUAUUCUACUUUCGUCAACAUCUACUUGGAAGGCAUCUUUAUAAGAGGCAUGGAAAGGCUUCCCACUCAAAAUAUUAUCUGUCAGUAUACAAGCAGGCCACCAUGAUGCCAGAGUCACCGUCUCAGGAUCCUCCAUCACCUCAGGAUCAUUCGUCCCCUCAGCAACAGGAAAAUGACUCCUCAGAGGACAAAAAGUUGGUCUAUAAGUGUCCAAAAUGUCCUUACGUGAAUGUUUGUCACCACGGAGUUAUCACUCACUGCCAAAUGAAGCAUCCAAUGUUCGAAAGAAGAACAAGGAAGCUGGAAAUGUGCGAAAUACUUGUCUCCGACAUUGUUGGAUGUUCAACCGGAAAAGGAGCCUAUAAAAGAGGUUACUUGUGUAAAAAAUGUCCUCAAGUUCAUCCAUCGUUAAUAAAACUGAAAGCCCACUGCAAGGUGGCGCACUGGAACGUGGCAGCUUCUGAUGAAACUGAAGCAAAGAACGUGGCUGUUGACGAUCCUCUGGGCUCGACACUAGAAGCUGCCCCCAUAGAAACUGCACAAGCAGUCGAGGCUUCUCACCGUUUAGGCACUUGGAAGACAUCAGACUCACAGUCGCAGCAGGAAAAAGACAAAUUUUAUAAGUGCCAACUUUGUGCUCAUGCGACAUUUUCUCGGUCAUACCUAUGGAAACACUAUAAAAACGUUCACAAACUGAAUUCGGCGACUAGGUGCAAGCUGCUGCAAAAGUACAACAAGAAACCGAAGCUAAAGUCGGCUCAUCUGGGCAGUGACAGGGACAGCAGUCUGACACACAAAAGUUCAAGACAAAAUGACAGCAAGACGUAUUCAUGCACUAAGAAUGAAGCUCACCCUACGCUUGCAGAAGACAACAACUACAUUUUUUACACAAGUAACCUCUUUGUUGAACAGGAGAAAACUGUCAAGUGUAAGAAAUGUCCAGACUUGGUGUUGGACUCGUCUCAAUUGCUUAUUGACCAUUACAAUACUUUUCACGGCUUGGCUCACAAAUCAGACUUCACGGUGGUAUCAUUUGGAUUUAAAAAGAAGACCACAGGGGCUUACACAUGUGGCCACUGUCUGAAGAGGUUAAAUGGAACCAGGAAACUCCGUAUUCACCUGGAUCACCACAGAACAGCGAUGAAGAAUAUGGCGGUGGAAACGCAGGAACAGGCUUCACCAGUCGGCCUGUCAUCGGAGCCCAACCCCUUUGAGCUCUACAAACAAGCUCAAGUGUCGACCGAAAGCGUAGAGGACCUUGCCGAGCKUAAAGAAACAUCAGAAGAGGACGUCGUACGGCCGUCGAGUCCCAGAGCGUCCACUUCAAAAGUCACAGAGGCCGAUCCAGAUGCAGACGUCGUUAAUGACAGAUUUCCUUGUAAACAGUGCCACCGAUCCUUCCGGUCACUAAAAGGACUGCGUGCACACGAUCGCAGCCACGCCGUCAUGGCGGCCAUCAAUAAUCUGGACAAUCUKCCGACUGCAGAGUUGAAGAACGACAUCAAAAAGUGCAUCUUCUACAGAGCUGGGACUGUGAAGCCUUUCAGAUGUAGCUGCUGUUCCUAUAAGACAAAUCUCAUGGGUCUCAUGCAAAGUCACAUCCUGAAAAACCAUCAAGAUAUCCUUCAGAGGAAUAAUAUUGAAACCAGCAGUAAGGAUGAGGAAAUCUCUCAGGAGGUAGAAAGGGAGCCUUCUGAUUCAUCUGUGAAAAAUAACUUACCUGAACUUGAUGAUGAACCAGAGGAGACUGAAGAAACGCUGUACUUGGAGCCUGCAGAUGUGCAGCGGCAGUUGAACCACUACAGCUUGAUGGCGCAGAUCACUGACAAAACGAGCACCAACGUGCUGGAGUUGACGUUGCCGGAAAACUGCCUCCUGCAGUGCGAGAUUUGCAACUUCAACACCGAGUACCUGUCCAGCAUCCGACGGCACUACCAUAACCGCCACGGGAAGAAAAUGCUCAGGUGUAAGGACUGCGAGUUCUACACCUGUUCACGWAAAACCUUGGAGAUGCACGUUCAGAUGGGCCACUCCUCCUGUCAGUCCGAACCUACCCAUCAGAAGGACCUCCGCUGUCCGUUCUGCCUCUACCAGACCAAGAACAAAAACAACAUGAUCGAUCACAUCGUCUUACACCGUGAGGAACGCGUGGUGCCCGUAGAGGUGCGUCGUCCAAAACUGUCCCGUUAUCUUCAGGGCAUCGUCUUCCGCUGCCACAGAUGCACUUUUUCUAGCGGUAGCGACAAAAACCUACGCUUGCACAUGAUGAGGCACGAUGACCUCAAACCUUACCAGUGUCGGCUGUGUUACUUCGACUGCACUCAGCUGGCCGACUUGGAGGCGCACCUGAACGAUAAACAUCAGGUUUUGAGGAAUCAUGAACUUGUUGGUCAGGUUCACCUUGACCAUCUAGAAGCGAGAAUUGGCAGGAUGCUAGAWAAGAAUGACGAGUUCAACACCGACAACGAAGAGGCGGAAACUGAAGAGUUUUCUUCCGACUUCGAUGAAACGCCUCUAACUAACAGUGUUGCAGAAUACAACAUCGGAGGGACAACUGCACCUCCUUCUGAGGAAGCACAGGAGGAGCAGGAGCCUGAUGAAAGCGAAGAAAGCCCCGCAGAGAGCCCUGCAUCACACAUCCAGCACGACAAUGCACAAACAAACACUACUGUCCUUAAGAGGCACGAGCAGGACUUAGAAGCACAAGUGAAUGUAGCUUUGCAUGUUUCUACAGAAGAUCAGGUUGUGAUAAAGAUAGAGCAGAACCUGGAGGAAUGUAACAAUGAAGAUACCCCAUCUGAGUGUUGUAUUGCUCCAGUGAAAGAGGAGCAGACGGAUAAUUAUCCAUCAAAGCUGACAGGUGAAAUAAAAGAAAAAGCAGARAGCUUGUCUUGUUUCGGAGCGGCAGGUCUUGCACACGUCAACCAGCUCCACAUUAAGGAACGUCAGCAUAGWUCGAGGAGCAGCGAUGAGGUGAUAGAAGACAACAUCGUGCGCCAUGUUUUACUGCUGGAUGAAAGUGACAGCAAAUCACACAAGUGGGGAAACCAGGAGCAAGCUGUUAAAAUGGAGCUCAGCACCGAAGCAAAUGGAGAUUACGACGCAAGCGAUGAUGCAUCACUAGCUAAAGAGGACAGCGAAAUUUUGGCCCAGAACCCUGGAAUUCUGUCUGUUUCAGCCAAGACUAACUUUGCACAAGUAAACAACACAAGGACUGAGAGGCAUUUACAAACUCAUACAUCUAGUUAUAAGCAACUCAAAUUAAGCUUUAAUGACGUCCGUCUAACAAACUGUAAACAGGAACAAAAGCAAACCACAGAUACCUGCGUGGAUACAUCAGAACCUUGCAGAGAAAUGCCAGUACUUGAGAAAGAAUGCCACAUUGAGGAACAGCAGCUUCUUGAAACGUGCAAARAGGAAGAAGAGGCUGAUAAACUGGAGCUGAAGCAGGAGGAGGAAGUUGAGAUGAUGACAGAGGACGAGACGCAGGAAAUGUCAGAUAUUAACAAUGGUAACGUGGCGUCCACAGACAAAGCUGCCGAAGUCCCGUGCACGGAGAAACCGUUUUCUUGUGUCCUUUGUGGGCGAAAUUUCACGGACAUCGCCGAACUGAACCGACACAUCAYGCGUCACAGAUUGUAACCUUUUCUUUAAUGUUGCAAAUGUCCGAGGCAACUCCCACCGCUGCUUUUUGAAAGUUGAUUAUUUUAAUUCACUGAAAACAUUUUUUUUUCGUUUAACUAUUGGUAAUUACCAAUUUACAAAUAGAUUUUUUUUAUUAUUUUUUAAACUUUUUCAAAUAGUUUUUACUGAACAACUCUUAUAUAUUUAGUUUAAUUGGGAGCGAUCACUAAAAACUUGAGAACAAGAUGGUAACUGUACAUAGACCUAUCUUUGCAAUUAAGGUCUUGUUUAGAUUUUCUGUUUUGUUUGCAGGUAUUAUUGAUACUCAUGAGUUUGUCAGAGGCUUUUCCCAACAAAGUGUUACAGUUAUUACUGCAAAAAUAAAAAAUAAAACUGUGAAUCAUUCUUGUAUUGAAACAUUGUUCAACAUCAAAACCAUAUUGCUGAUAAAAUUGUGGUCCAUUCAAGCAUUGUUUGGAUAUUUGAAUUUGUCAUUUACUUUGAAAUAUUCUUUGUAUUAUAUUUUWAACUACUGUUUACACAGUCGAUAUUUUCUUCAGUUUAUGUCCCUGUGGCUGUAAAUGUUACUGAUUUUGUUGCUUUGUUUUUGAAACGUAUAGUUUGAGUAAAGAGAUUUUCUCCUGGGCAAUCA